AUGGUCAUCACGGCGGACGUAAACUAUUACCAGUUUCACACGUAUCAACCGUACAACGCAACUUUCAACAACAACGAUGAGAUACGGAUCCCCGUCAACAGUCAGGAUCUCAUCACGCAACCGGGCGAUUCGAAGCUGUACGUGGAGGGAUCGAUGACGUUCACUCCGAAAACGGCCGGAGCAACCGGAGCGGUAUGCGAUCUCUCGAACAACGCCAUCGCGUUUCUCUUCGACCAGAUACGCUACGAGGUGAGCGGUGUCGAAAUCGAUAGGACCCGUAAAGUGGGGCUGACGAGCACGGCUAUGAUCCUGCUCACGCGCACCAAGGAAGAAACGAGCGCUCUCAAACUCGCCGGUUGGAACGCUCCUCUGAUUCAUGGCGGUAGUAAAACUUUCUCGGCUCUCAUACCUUUGGACAUGCUCCUCGGUGUAUUCGCAGAUUUCAAGGAGCCGUUGAUCCGCGUGCGACAAGAACUCGUUCUUGUCCGCUCCAGAACGAACAAGGACGCGUAUCGCUUCACCUCGGGGGCCGAUAAAGAAAGCGUUCUACUUACCUUGACCAAAGUUCAAUGGCAGAUGCCGCAGAUGAAAUAUAAUUUAGCUUCGGAGAAGCGUAUCCUCGACAAGGUGAAAUCCAACGCCUCGUUCCCGAUAGCGUUUCGUAGUUACGAGACCCAUGUUUAUCCCCAGCUACCGCUGAACAGUAAGGAAACUUGGAAAUUGAUGACCACCACCAACGUCGAGGCCCCCGCUUACAUAAUCAUCCUGUUUCAAACGAAUCGUUCGGACAACGAGGAAUCCGAUGCGAGCAAAUUCGACCACGUGAACCUCCGCUCGUUCAGGGUCCAUCUCAACAGCGUCGCUCUACCGUACGAGAAUUUCAACGAGAACUUCGACAAGAACCGGUACCUCAAUUUUUACCAGAACUAUCUCCGCUUCAUCACGGACUUCUCGCACGGAGAGAAACUAUGCGAACCCGCCCUCUCGUUGGAGGAGUUCAAAACGGACAAUCCCAUGUUCGUGAUGAGAUGUCUUUACGAGGAGAGCUUGAAACCCGGACCUCUGGACAUUCAGAUCGAGCUGGAGACUCACGCGAAUUUCCCCGCUGGCACCGCGGCUUACGCUAUCCUCGUUCACGAUUUGAUGUUCACCUAUCAAUCAUUGUCGGGCAUUGUAAAAAAGAUUCGCUAA